AUGGCUUUCCACAUGCCCAACUUUAUAAACCGCCUCUUCCGGCCACUCACGACGUCCACUCGUCUGGGCAUCUCGGCAGACACCAACGGGGCUGGACUGACCUCGAUCCCCGAAGGCGCUGAGAGGGCGACCAUCGCUGCCGGCUGUUUCUGGGGCGUGGAGCACAUAUACCGCAAGCAGUUCGGCGGCAAGGGACUGUACGACGCGCGCGUGGGAUAUAUCGGGGGCGACGUGAACAACCCCACCUACAGAGCGGUCUGCUCGGGGAAUACUGGACAUGCCGAAGCCACCCAGAUCGUCUACGAUCCCACCAAGAUCACCUACCGCCAGCUCAUCGAGUUUUUCUACCGCAUGCACGACCCCACCACCGCGAACAGGCAGGGUCCUGAUGUUGGUUCGCAAUAUCGUUCGGGCAUUUUCACACACAACGAGGAGCAGGAGAAGAUCGCGAGGGAGAUCACAGCCCAGGUGAACCAGCAGUGGUGGAAAGGCUCUGUGGUGACGGAGAUCCUGCCCGCCGGCCAAUGGUGGGAUGCCGAGACGUAUCAUCAGCUGUAUCUCGACAAGAACCCUGGAGGCUAUGAGUGUCCCAGCCACUUCCUCAGGACGUUCCCACCUCUGAACUAA